CCAUCGGGAAGAAAGUUGACCAGGAAACUCUGCAUCAUCCCACCCCCAAUCGAUCGAUCGAACCAAGUGUCCUUCCAACCCAGAUCCACGUCUACUCUUAUUGCAGCUGCCACUCUGAGAGAGGCGUCAGAGGCUCAAUUGAGUGUGAAGAUCCCAGCACAGGACAGCACCAAUUGCGUUCAAACCAGUCUACAGACCUGGUUGAGGUUCAACGACUCGCCAAAUUCGCCGGCCGUCCGCAAACCCGCUUCCAAGGAUUCCGAAGCACUCAACUACAAAUAG